UCUUACCGCUUUAUAUUAGCAAAACCUCAAACACAACUAGGGAGAGAUCAGUAAUGAGUGUAGUAGAUGAUAUGGAGAACCAAAUGCCGGCGAAGCAUCAUCAAGGGAUCGGAAGCAGAGGCGGUGAGCAAGACGGAUUAGGACCAUCGCCUAGGCCGGUGGUACCACCGUUGGUGUACGCUGAAUUUGGCGACGACGACGAGUUGUCGCCGCAGUGGACGUCGUGGCUGAUUCCGAUGUUCGUUGUGGCUAACGUGAUAGUCUUCUUCGCUACUAUGUCCGUCAACAACUGCCCUCAGCAUUCUAAGCACUGUGUCGCCAGGUUCCUCGGGAGAUUCUCCUUCGAGCAUCUCCGGGACAAUCCUCUCUUCGGCCCAUCUUCUCUAACAUUGGAGAAGUUAGGAUCACUUGACUGGUACAGAGUUGUGGAAAAGCAUCAAGCUUGGCGUCUCCUUACAUGUAUAUGGUUACAUGCCGGUGUUAUUCAUCUUGCUAUUAAUAUGCUAAGCAUUGUAUUCAUGGGUACUCGCCUUGAGCAGCAGUUUGGUUUCGUUAGGAUUGGGGUCAUAUACAUAAUGUCAGGAAUGGGAGGAAGCAUACUGUCUUCGUUGUUUAUCAGAAACGAUAUCUCUGUUGGAGCUUCUGGUGCCCUUUUUGGCCUUCUUGGCUCUAUGCUUUCUGAACUUCUCACCAACUGGACCAUAUACUCUAACAAGAUCAAGUGGUUAGAAAGACAGCAUAUGCCACAAGGCAGACGUCUCACAUCCAAGUACAAGCCUUACCAGUACAUACUGUGGCUCCUGUCUCUAGCUCUAUUGAUCGCCGGGUUCGUGGUGGCACUGGUGCUGCUAUUCAAAGGAGAAGAUGGGAAUGAUCACUGCCACUGGUGUCGUUACCUGAGCUGUAUACCCACUUCACGAUGGAGUUGUGAUAGCGUUUGAUGCUAUUCAGGAGGUUGUGUGUGUUUGUGUGACUAUUCUUUCUUUUACCGGGAAAAAUAAAUUGUUUAUAUCAGUCAACUCAUAACUCUUAAGUUGUGACUUGACAUCACUGCAAAUUAUUGAAGUAUUUUUUUUAAUCAGACAAAUGUGGACCCCUGUUGGUACGAGAUCUGUACCGUAGCAUCUAGUCAAAAGAAAAUACACAACAGUGAUUGAUCACUGUCUACACUUGUAUCUCAAAAUCUACUUUACACACAUUCCACUCAGUUUU